UAUAAAUAUCGAGCAAGGAAAGGAAAACCAGUGGAAGAACCGAAGAAGAAACAAACAGAAAUGCAAUGCUACAUCAACACUCACUGUACUAUCCUUUUCUAUCCUCAAACCCACGGAACACGCUGCUUUCACCCAACAAGACUUUCGGUUACUCCACCACAACAAGAGCAACGAAUUUCUCACGAUGUUGACGAAAAAUCGAAACUAAUAACAAGUUCUUCAAACCCAUUUGUGAAACACUGUCUCAAACUUCGCAAUAAUUCUUCUUAUCGUCGCUCUCAUGGUUCUGUUCUUGUUGUUGGAACUACACCUAUCAGAGAAAUCUACAGGUUUCAAGAGUCAUCACAAAAUAAAAAUGUUACAAUGGAUUGUCUAAUUCUUCCUGAUAAGGCUGAAAUUCCGAAUGGGUUGGAUGAAUCCGCUGAUUCUAUUGUGCAUGUGAGCUCCACAGUGAUGAGAAAGAUUUCAGGUCUGCAGUCAACUGAUUCAAUUGAUGCAAUUGCGCUUAUGAAAAUUCCUGCCAGUUUUUCAAACUUAGACGACGAUCAAAAGAACUGCCAGAAGUGGUUUCCAUCUGCACAUCGGAUUUUAGUCCUUGAUGGAAUUCAGAGCUGUUCACUGCAGGAUCCAGGUAACCUCGGUACAUUGCUCAGGUCAGCUGUGGCCUUCAGAUGGGAUGGAGUUUUUCUGCUUCCUGGAUGCUGUGAUCCAUUCAACGAGAAAGCACUCCGAGCUAGCCGAGGCGCAUCCUUUCAACUCCCUAUCGUUUCCGGAAGUUGGAAUCAUUUGGAAUCUCUCAAAGAAGAAUCCCAAAUGAAGUUGCUUGCUGGGCAUCCACAGCAUGAAGGGUUAAUCAAGCCGGUUUUUUCCCUUUCUCAAAGCUUCUGUGAUUCCAUAUUAGAUACACCAUUGUGCUUAGUUUUAGGCAGUGAAGGAAGUGGCCUUUCAGAAAAAUCCCUGCAAGCAUGUGAGCUUGUGAGCAUUGCAAUGACAGGAGAAUAUGAGUCACUUAAUGUUUCGGUUGCAGGUGGAAUUUUCUUGUAUAUGCUACAGCCAAAGAACAAAUAAUAUUUUCUGAUUUUAUAGAUUUUUUUUAUCUCCUUAAUCUUGGCGCAAUUUGAUUCCAAUUGUUUCUUAUUCUUUUUAGUGAUA